CCAAUUGCAUAGCAGAGAUGGCCGAUGAUCGAAUAGAGGAUCCUACGUUGCUAAAUAAGUUGGAAGGGGUAAAGAUAUUCGACAAGCCAUCGAGGGAAAUGAUUGGUCCAUCAAAGGUUAAAGAGCCGAUGGGACUAAAGGCACCACAGAAAGAAAUGUCUGGUUCAUCCCAGGUCAAAAAGCUGACAGAUGUAAACCUACGAGGCCAGGCACGGAUAGUAAAGUUUCCAAGUGAGUUGAAUGACUCCCUUUCCGACACACAGAGACUACAUCUAUUUGAUCGUUGUGGAUGGAAUAAGUAUAAUCGACAUAGAAACAUCGAUCGUUACCAAAAGUAUAAACAUACUAGUAAGUGGAUUAACAUCGGACUGGAUUCAAAGUAAACACACACAAAAAGUUAUUAUAAAGUAUCAUAAUUAUACAGCCCAACCAUGUAUGUUGUGAAAAUUAAUCCUUCUAUGCGGAAAAUAAUUAUGGAUUUUGACGUUGUUCUCUAAUGGCAUUUAUUAUCUUGUGUACGGAUCAGCACACAAGGUCAUAUGGUAAUAAGUAAGCAUUAGCUUCAUUAUGAAAAUCCUCCCUGGGUUGCGAUUUUCAGUCAAGCCCUGGAAAUUGAAUCCGGUGGAAAAUGAAAAUACCAUUCCACUAUUUAGUGAAACACUCGAAAGUGACUUUGUAUUUCCAUCAUGCGGAUCGAAAAUAUAUUACAAACAACAUAUUAAGAGGCACUUUCAGGAAAAAUUAAAUUUGGAUCGUUUGUUGAAUUAUGUCACCCUUUGCAGCUGACUUA